CGACGGAGCACAGCUUUCGGGGAACAAAUUGCAACUGCAAUACCUACGAGAUCAUCAACUGCGUUAUAAUAGCAGGUUCAAAGAGGCAGCUACAAGAUGCAGGAUAAUCGUCCCGAGCUCUAUGAAGAGGUGAAACUCUAUCGACAGGCAAGAGAGCGAGAAAAGUACGAUAACAUGGCCGAUUUGUUCGCCCUUGUGUCCACGCUGCAGAAUUUGGAAAAGGCAUACAUUAGAGAUUGCAUUACACCCCAAGAGUACACAGCUGCAUGCUCGAAGCUGCUGGUGCAGUAUAAGGUGGCCUUCAAGAUCGUCCAAGGGGAUGAAUUUCCUACGAUCGAUUCAUUUGUGAAACAGUUUCGCCUGGACUGCCCGGCUGCUCUAGAACGCAUUCGAGAGGAUAGACCAAUUACCAUCCGAGAUGAUAAAGGCAACACAAGUAAAUGCAUUGCAGACAUUGUUUCCAUGUUCAUCACGCUCAUGGACAAGCUCCGACUUGAAAUUCGUGCCAUGGAUGAUUUGCAACCAGAGCUGCGCGAUCUGCUUGAUACUAUGAAUCGUCUGUCGCUGAUUCCCGACAAUUUUGAAGGCAAAGAAAAGGUUGCCAAUUGGCUUGCCACUCUCAACACGAUGCAGGCGUCAGAUGAUCUGACCGAAACACAAGUGCGACAGCUACUCUUCGAUCUGGAAUCAUCCUAUUCGGCAUUUAAUAAUCUUUUGCAUACAACUUAAGCUUCAGUAUUGAGGUUCACCCUUUUCCCUGAUGAUUGUAAAUAGAUUCACAUAAUGAUGUUGGAAACAGAGAACAUGAUAAGAGAGAAAGCUAUCGGGAACAGAGCAUCGAUGGAAUUUGACGGAAGUCCGUAUCCGACUAACACUAAUAGAACUGAUUGGAAAAGGAAAGCAUUGAGAUUCGUGUAACCAUGUGCAUAUUUUUAAUCAAACACGUAUAAAAAAAUAUACAUAUAUAUUGUUCAA